AGCUUAGAUGGCAUUGCUAAUAUUACAUCCAAUGGUCUUUUGUCGUUAACAGAUUCCAAAACACAAGAUCAAGGCCAUGCUUUCUAUCCAAAUCCAAUUCAUUUCAAGAAUUCACCUAAUGGUAAAGCAUUUUCAUUCUCUACAACAUUUGUGUUCGCGAUAAGGUCUGAUUAUAGACCAUUGGAUGGUCAUGGACUAGUUUUUGUUAUCGCGCCACAGAGAGGAAUUCAGAAGGCUUUGGCAAACCACUAUCUUGGCCUUUUUAACUCAAGUAAUAAUGGGGAUAAAUCAAACCAUGUUGUUGGAGUUGAGCUCGAUACAAUCUACAGCGAAGAAUUUGGUGAUAUCAAUGCCAAUCAUGUUGGAAUUGAUAUAAAUGGAUUAAGGUCUGUAGCAGUUGAAACAGCAGGUUAUUUUGAUAAUACUGGCUUGUUUCAUAAUUUGACUUUGAUAAGUGGUCAGCCAAUGCAAGUUUGGGUGGAUUAUGAUGGCAGAACUAAGCUAAUCAAUGUGACAGUAGCUCCAUUACAUAUGGAAAAACCAGUUAGUCCACUUUUGGCUUUGAAAUAUGAUCUUUCGCCGAUUCUUAAUCAGAUUAUGUAUGUUGGUUUUUCAUCAUCAACUGGUUCAGUCCCAACACAUCAUUAUAUCUUGGGAUGGAGCNUAGCAACCUUAGUGGUGGUUUACUAUGUAAGAAGGAAGAAGUAUGAAGAAGUUCUUGAAGAUUGGGAACGUGAGUAUAGACCGCAAAGGUUCAAUUAUAAAGAUUUGUACACUGCUACUAAAGGAUUCAGAGAAAAGGAACUGUUGGGAGCUGGAGGAUUUGGUAAAGUUUAUAAAGGAGUGAUGCCUGUAACCAAACUUGAGAUAGCUGUAAAGAAGAUAUCUCAUGAAUCAAGACAAGGGAUGAAGGAAUUUGUUUCGGAGAUUGUAAGUAUAGGCCGUAUACAACAUAGGAAUGUAGUACCACUUUUGGGCUAUUGUAGGCGAAAAGGGGAAUUACUUUUGGUUUAUGAAUUCAUGUCUAAUGGAAGUCUAGACAAGUAUUUAUACGACCAACCAAGACUCACCCUCGAUUGGAACCAAAGAUUCAGAGUUAUUCGAGGUGUAGCAUCAGGACUAUUUUUCCUACAUGAAGAAUGUGACCAUGUAGUGGUUCAUAGGGAUAUUAAGGCUAGUAAUGUCUUGUUGGAUGGUGAACUAAAUGGCAGGCUAGGAGACUUUGGACUCGCGAGGCUAUAUGGUCAUGGGACCGAUCCUCAAUCAACUCGUGUCGUUGGUACUCUUGGUUAUCUUGCACCAGAGCAUACUAGAACUGGCAGGGCAACACCUAGUAGUGAUGUAUUUUCCUUUGGGGCUUUUUUACUUGAAGUUGCCUGUGGUAGGAGGCCGAUAGAGCCAAGACAAGCCGGUGAUGAUCUGAUUUUAGUCGAUUGGGUGUUUUCGUGCUGGAAUAGAGGUAAUAUUCUUGAGGCAGUUGAUCCAAACUUAGGCAAUGAUUUUGUUCCAGGGCAAGUGGAGUUGGUCUUAAGUCUAGGCUUGUUCUGCUCUCAUUCAGAGCCCUCAUUUAGGCCAACAAUGCGACAAAACGUGUUGUUCUUGGAUGGUGUUGUGGCCUUGCCAGAGUUAUCAGCCCUCGGUGUUUCAUCUGCUGGUCUAACAUUUGACCAUCGCGGAGGUUUUGAUGAUUUUAUCAAGUCGUAUCCAUCUUCUUCUGUUAAUGCACAUUCCCCCGCUUCAUCUGUAGCAGAAUCACUCCUUUCUGAUCCCCGAUGAUUCAUGAUGAGUUGG